CUGGAGGACCAUCAGCAUGAGUGGGAAAGUGGUGUCCAUGUUGGCUCUUCUGCUGGCCCUCUCCCAUGCUCUGGCCCAGGAGAGUCAGGACAACAUGAAGGACGAACUUGACACCUCAAAUGACCAGGAAGAAAAGCAAGAACCGGGAGAGGAGCCUGACAUCACUUCGAGAAUCAUGGAGGCGAAUAAACGGAUCUAUGGAUACUAUGCGGGAUUUCUAAUGGAGGGAGACGUAGCCGUGCCCAGAGGGCGGAACGCCAGGAAGUGUGCUGACAACAAGCCAUGUCUUUGGGAGAAGUCCCCCUCGGGGCUGGUCAGGGUGCCUUACAGGAUAGCCUAUGGAUUCUCUCGGGCAAAGAGAGACAUUAUAAAGAAGGCAAUGGAGACGUUCCAUCAGAAGACCUGCAUCCGCUUCGUUCCUCAGCUUCCUCACGAAAUGACAUUCCUCGAGAUCGAAUCCAGAGAAGGCUGCUGGUCCUACGUGGGAAAGAGGGGCUACAGGCAGGUGGUGUCCUUGAACGCGCGGGGGUGCGUGUAUCAUGGGAUCGUGCAGCACGAGCUCCUUCACGCACUGGGAUUCUAUCACGAGCACACCAGGAGCGACCGCGACCAGCACGUCAUAAUCAACUGGAGAAAUGUACUAAGAGGUUAUUAUGGAAACUUCCAGAAGAGGGACACCAAUAACCUGAACACUCCAUAUGACUACGGCUCUGUCAUGCAUUAUGGCAGAUACUUCUUUUCAAAUCGCAGCGGGCCCACCAUCACACCUCGUAGAAACCCUGGCUUUACCUUAGGGUUGCAGCAGGCAAUGACCGAGAUUGACAUUCUCAAGGUCAACAGGUUAUACGAAUGCGAUGUGCCAAAAUGAGGAUGGAUCAUGAAGACCGAAGGCACCACCGCCUUAUGAAUCAUAUAAAUGACUAAUAUCUCCUUUAUAUACUUUUUGAGUCAUUUAAGGCACCGUUCAAGAAAUACUG